ACAAGCUUAAAAACACUUCUUGAAAGAUGUAGACAUGUAGGUGUCAAUCUUGCUUUCUCUCUCUCUCUCUCUCUCUCUCUCUAAGUAGUUUGACCACUUUCCCUAGUAUGUAAGGACAUUUAGAGUUGCAAAUAACAUUUUUCCAGGCCUUUAAUAUGUAUGACUAGUGAGGAUUCCCAAUAAUAUCCCUAUGGACACAAAAAGGAGUGAGAUAGAGUAGGAGUGUCAAACACAUUUGUAAAGAGAAGGGAUUCUAUUUUUAAUUAUGGCCUGUGGGGCAUGGUGUAAAAUGAGGAUUGCAUAUAUUACCCUCAGUCCACAGCAAAGCUGCCACUGAUGUCAAUGGGAGGUUUGUUCAAAGAUAGCAUAUGACCUUUAUAUAGGCACAGAUCCACAAAGGGACAUAGGUGUUGUACGGCUCAAUAGACUAACCACUCUCCUGGAGUCAGACAGCUUAUGUGGCUAAAUCCUUUCUUGUGAGAAUGAGUGAGGCACCUGCCUCACUCCACACAAAACAGCAAAGAGAAGCAGAUGCUACCUACUUUACAACUUUUAGUCCAGGGAUUAGCAUACUUGCCUUGGAUGUGGGAGACUCAGGUUCAAUUCCCCUCUCUGCCUGAGAGGGAGAAAGGCUCUGAAUAGGGGCCUCCCACCUCUCAGGAGAGUACUCUAACCACUUGGGAUAUUCUAAUGUAGGGCUUCCUCAAUCUCUCUCUUUGAAGCUGUUCCACUUCAGAUAAAUAACGAAAUAGUCAUUGGGCCAGAGAGAAAGAGGAAGAAUGACUCUAUAGCUUGGUGGAUAGGCACACCCAUGGGAGAGCGGGGUCCAAUGUCCUGGUUCCAAUGACUAUUUCAUUAUUUAUCCAAAAUGGAACAGUUUUAACAAGAAACCAUCCAAUAGCUCAGUGAUGAGAGCACUCUACUGAGAGACGUGGGAGACCCCUAUUCAAAGCCUUUCUCUCCUGCUGGCAGAGGGGAAAUUGAACCUGGGUCAUCAACACCCCAGGUGAGUGCUCCAACUACUGGGCUAAAAGCUAAAAGCAGGGAUGGUGUCCCUAGCCUCUGUUUGCCAGAAGCUGGGAAUAGGCAAUAAGGGAGGGAUCACUUGAUGAUUACCUGUUCUGUUCAUUUCCACUGGGGCACCUGGCAUUGGCCACUGUUGGAAGACAAGAUACUGGGCUAGAUGGUCCUUAGGUCUGACCCAAUAUGGGCGUUCUUAUACCUUGGGCACUGGUACUGCCAGAACCCCUACUGCUUAUUCUGGAUGGAUAAUGAAUGGGGCCUGAUCCAGUAGUUAUGUUCACAGGCAGCAGUGUGUAUGCCCAGAGGCAAAGACAUAGGUACCUAGGGAACUUACACCAUGAAAAUUUAGGCACUGAAUGAGUUUAGGCACUUGCAGUGUUAGGUGGCAGCCAAGUGGGGAGUUUGUAGUUUGAAGUGAACCUGAAACGGGGAUUUAAGCACUUUAGUGCCUUUGUGGAUCUGGGCCUAAACUUUUGUUUAUUAUAAUUAUUUAUUCAGUACCUGAUUCGGCACCACUCGGUUUAGAAUGACCACUAUUUCUGCCUUUUGUUUCUAUUCAUUCUCCAUCCUCCUUUCUCUUCCCUGUCUUGUGUCUCUCUUCCUUUUUGGCUCUGUAUUUCCUUCUAUGUAGCAACUCCCACCCACUUUGUGCUUCACUCUCAGCCCCUUUUCCCAUUCUGUCACGAAAAUGAUCAGUGUCAUCAUUAGGUUUUAGCAUUAAUAUUCCAAUUCAAUUAAUGUACAGAGGAGUUCACACCUCCGAAUCAUUGUUUCAGGCUGUCUACAGACUUAGGAAGACACCACCAAAAUGGAUAUACUCAGCUGACAUUUGGAAUGUUUUCUUUGCUACCACAAGAGCUAAAAAUUGAUAUAUUUUUAAAUGAAAGCUUAGAUUCUGCAGAAUCUGAAUACAUCAUGUGGGGCCACAAAAAUACAUCAAGUGGACCAGAUCUGGCCAACAGACUGGGUGUUUGACACCCCCUACUACAGAGGGAGGAGACUAGAUAGGGAAAAGAUAACAAAUCAUACUACUAACAUGAUAAAAUACGUUUGCAGUUUUUCCCAGUUAUUAUUUUCAGUUUAUAGAAAAUAUCGUAUGUCUAUUCUCUCCCUCCAGUCUUUGUGCAAAAUCUUCAUUGGCAUCAGAGAGAGUUUUUGCAUGAAGAUCCAGGCUAGAAAAUAGACCAUGCAUUGUAAUGUAUCAGAUUUCGAGAGUUUUCAGUUAGUAGAUCAUAAGAGUUAUAUGAUCAUCCAAACUUUCACAAAUACUGGCUUUUUAACUUUUUGAUUAUAGAUAGACUAUUAUGGAAAAAGUACUGAGACACUGGUACAUUGUUUUCUAGUGAUUUAGUGUACUAAAUGUGCAUAUGCUGGGGGCCCUCCUUCCUGGAGCUUACUGCAGGAUUGGAGCCUACAUUGCUAACUUUUUAUGAAAGGUAAACAGAAUUGUUUACAAUACAAAUUAUUUUCUUAUGUAAUUAUUAAAAGGGAGCAUGACAAAUACACAGGCAUAGCAGACAUAGUAUAGGUUUUGAGUUACAAUAAAUAUGUAAAAUUUACAUUGAAGAUUCUGUCCCCUCCCCCCCCCAUCACUUCAUUUCAUUUGUCCCACCUUUCACCAAAUGAUUAGCUAAAAUUUAUAUGAUACAAAUCGAUUCAAUAAUUACUGUGAAAUAUGCUUUAUUUCAGGGGGAGAAAUCCAGAAACUAUGAGACAGUGCCACUGGAAAUAGUUAUUAUGGUAGAUAGGAACUUGCAUGACCUCUACUGGGUUAUCACUUCAUAACCUUGUAAGUCAGUAUUGCUAUCACUGUAGUCCUUUUUGAAAGUGAAUAAUUAAAUGUUUGUGAUUGUGCAAGUUGUUACGAUAGAACAGAAAUUCUCAUUUUCCUUUCCUCUCCUGUUUUCUGUAAAAUAACAAAAUUGCAACAUGGAAUAUAAAUUCUAAGUGGAAUCUUUCAUUCUUUUAUUUUCAUUGUAAGAAUUCAGUGAGGUUAAGGAUGAAAUCUUGGUCUCAUUUACUUCAGUGGGGUCAGUAUUUCACCCUAAGCAUUUUCUUGAAGAAGUAUACACCUGUAGGCCACUUAUGGACCAUAUAAUCAGUGGGUAUUCUUCCAAGCUCAUAUAUGAUUUCAUAUGUGAAAUGUGGGUGGGGCUUGUUAUUUUACUAAAGCAGUGUUUCAAAAAUGAUGUAAGUAUUGUGCAGCACUGAUUGCUGAAGCUAUGAUGUCAUACCCCAAUAGAUCACCUGUCAGAGACAUUUUUUCAGGAAUUAUGGUGGUGAUUCUCACUUAUGCAGAGUGCCUGUUAGUGUUGGGUAAUUUAGGGCUAAAUUCUUACUUAGCCCUUAGCUCUGACAGAGUGGUGGGACUUUAGGGAUAAAUUCUGGCUUGGUUUUCCAAGGCACUAUGGCUGGGGGAGUAAGUGGUAGCAGAGCUUCAGGGCUGAGUAGAGGUUCUUGUGCAGGGAAUGGGGAGAGGUGGGGAAAUUGGGAGUACUGAACUCAGCAGAAUUCUUUUCUUGCUGGUCCAAAAAUAAACAAUAUCUGCUAAAGAAGAACUUGCCCACCAUGCCCCCCACACCACUUUCCCAUAUCACCUUGGGGGUAAUGGAUGCCACUGGGCAUCUUAGCUAGUCUAUCUGUCUACCAUUCAGUGGCAUUCUAAGUAAUCAUCUGUCUUGUCUCCUGCCUGAGUAGGCUGAUUCCUGCAUCUCUCCUAAUGCAUCUGGAAAACAAAAUAUAGCUUUUAGUAAGAUUAAUUUAGUGUAUCCCUGCAACAGGGAGGCCUGCCCCUUUUAGGGCCUGUUGCCAGCCUGCACUGUUCCUUUAUCAGCCCCAGCUGGGAAAGGGUCAGGUGAUGUCAGAGGAGAGCUGCAGGAGGGAGGUUGGCUCCUGUGCCAGGUCCUGAAGCAGAGAGAGUCACAAAGGGAAAGGUCUCUGGGACCUUGCAACCUGGGUUCGUCAGGGGACUAGUUUUCUUUUGUGUUUGAAUUAAUAAACCACGUCCUGAAGGAAGGCCUUGAAAGAGACUUGGUUAUGGCUUGUGACUAAUCUGCAAGCCCUUCCUAGGCUGGGAGAGGCAUGCCAGCAGCCUACAAUCCCUCUUUCAGUCUACCUCUAGUGAAAAUGUAUUCCUUAAAUCCUUUUGAUUGUGAAAUAUGUGCAUGCACACAGCUGAUCAAUUUCUUGGUCAAUCACAUGAAAAUAAUUCUAGCUCACCUAUAAAAAUGCAAGAUGGAAUCCUUACUAAAAAAGGAUUCUAUUAAUACCUCAUUCGAUUUUCCAUUAUGUCUUACCCAAAAUGGAUAGACACUGUGGCUAUAUAGUGGAGAAAAUGUCCCAUGCUAUUAAUAAAAGAAAACUGAUUUUGCCACAUUUUUUUCUCAAAAGAUCAAAUUGUGUAUGUGGAAGACUGAAGAAUGCUACCAUAAAGAGUCAAGCUAUAACACAAAAAAUCACGAUCACAACUAAAGUAAUUUUUAAGGUUUUGACCAAUGAUUAGACUGGCCAUAUUUGAUAUUAUGCAACUUGACUGCUGCAUAACAUCUACUAUUGUCUUCUUCAUAAACCAGAUGUUUUAAGGGCCUUUCAUGUAGACUGAUAACAGUGCUUAUGUAAAAGUAACUGAGUGUUGUAAUUGUAGAUUACAAAGAAAGUAAUACUUUGGAAAAAUAGCGAUGAGAACAUGGAAAAACUUGCUUAGUGAGAGAGUUCUUUUUUAUUUAUUUAUUUAUUUAAUUAAUUAUAAAUGGCAAAGCAAAAGCACUCCAAAAAUGGAGGGCUUAAUUAGAGCUAUUUGUUAUUUUAAAAUAUGCUCAUUUCUACCCUGAUUCAGUUUUGUGGGACUCCCCGCUGCUAAAUUCACCUAACUGGGUGCAGGCAUAGUUGAAAAUAGCAGAUGGGGUGGAGGUGGGCAAAUUAUUAUUCUCUUUGAAACUGUGCUGGUUUAAGUCUUAAGUGUUCUGUCACCCAGUGAGUUCACAUUUUUGUUUUUUCAUGAGGGAGUGGAUGGCUCAGGUCACUGGUUAUGAUUAGAUUGUCAUCUCUGAACUAUUGGUUCACAUCCAGCCUAAGUUAUUAGGAAAUUUAAAGCUGAUGGCCUACUAUGUGAAAUAAAUUGGUAGGACCUGUCAAUUUCCUAGUGGCUAAGCAAUCACAACUGGUUCCAAUCACUGCCCUCACUGGCAGUUUCAGAAGAGAAGCCAAGGAGUGAAUGGGCAUGGAGACUGAAUUGCCUUCUCAUCCCUAAAGAUAGAUUCUUCAGAACAAGUUUGAGGUCUAUUGGUGGAGUAAGGAAUUCUUUUGCUGCUGUUGCUUUAUUUGUUCUGUGCCUAAUAAUGGCUGCUAGUAUCCACCCAGAGCCAUCAGUCCAGCACCUCUUACAAACUAAAUAAAUUCCAUUUGAAGCAGAAAAGUUUGCAACCUUGUAUGCCAUCAGGAUCCACAUUUCUCAGCCUUUUGCCAAGGCGCUCCAGCAGAGAGUUAGAAGUGGGGACCUGAUGUUUCUAAUAUAACAAAUAAAACAAAACACUUUUUUGGUGACAGGGCAUAGUAUAGAUGGAUAGCCUUCAUACAUAAUCAAUUAACAGUAAAAGGCAAAAGGAAUGUAUUGUUUAAUUUUUGGUUAACCUUGAGCACAGACCACAUUGCAGUGAGUGACUAAUAGGAUAUGGAAGGACAUGUAGCACAUUACCGUCCAGGCCUGAAAUCUUUGCUCACACAAGUAGUUCUUACUCACAUAGGACUAGAUUGUGCACAGUUGCACUGCCUCACGAAUAGUCCAAGGAACAAAUUCUGACUCAGUGUCAUAGUUCCUCCCUUUCCCACUUGUUCUGAGGGAAGAAUAAGUUACUUCAUCCUUUGUCAUAAAGCAAUUUCCUCCCUGCUGUGCAUCCAACCAGCUACAGUGGGCUGCAAGCUGGGAAAUUGGAGCCAGGACUCCUUCCGGGGCAUGCCGCUCUCUGCCCUCUCACUCACCACCCUUGCUCGCCUCCCCACACCCUGAAUCACUAUCUGAACAGCUGAGCACAAGUAUAAAGAGGGUCUUACUCUCCUGUGGGGCUGAGUAACAGCUGUGACAAACUAGUCCAUUAGCACUUCUAUUGAAGGGUCAGUGCCCUUUCCCACAUUUGAGCCUCUUAACAAAAGUAUCUACUUGAUACAUCAUGCUGCUUUUUAUCAAAUACAUUGCUAUUGUAUCUUAAUGACAAGUCUCAUAUACCCAGUUACAACAUGAAAUUAUUUUCACCUAAAUACUUUAAUAUCUUUUAGUGAAAUAAUUGUAAUAACCUUGGCAAUGACAAUAGUUGAACUAACUUUACUUUGGUGAAAGAUCAACAAUAACAAAGUGCAAGCUAAAUGAAUUCAAAGCUCUGCUUCAAAAUCUGUGGUACAAUAUGGCCCAGAAUUAUUAAUGUGAUUCAAUUUAGCCCUAAUUCAUUUUUAAAACACUCUGUUCACUGGGAAAGCUUCCUAUUAGAAGAAAUUUAAAUCUGAUUAAAGAUUUAGACUAUAUUAUUAACAUACGUUUUCCUUCCAAGUUUCAUGUUGCAGGGAGUUAGAACGGUUGCCUUUUAUCUUUAGGCAUCAGAGUUCAAAUUCUGCCUUGUAGUCACAAGUGAAAAUGAGUUUGGUCUCAAUCUAGACCCUGACCUUGCAACAGGUGGACCCAGGGGCCAUUGUUUUCAUUUGGAUUCAAUUCAUAAUCCUCAUUUGUCUCUACUUCAAAGAGUUUACACUGCAAAGAAACUAAUGCAAGGUCUACUUUUUUUUAUGGUUGUUUGGGCAGGAGACAGAACCUUCUUGGGGACUGAUCCAAGACUUUGAAACUCACUUCCACAGAAACUAAGAAUUACCACAAACUUCAUCACUUUUUGUUCCAAGUGCAAAAUGCAGUUCCUUUCCCUAGCAUUCAAACAUUAGAAGCUCAUAAUAAAUCACACACAAGAAAACAAAGCUACACAAGCUAGUUUCUCCUCCAGGGAGAGGAAUGGAGAAGGAACCCCUUGCUAGUCACAUUGUCUAAUGCAUCAACGGAAGAUGCUCAGAUACCUCAAUGAUGGGUGUGGUAUAAGAACAUGAAGAGAACAGAACAGUGCCUGAAUAUUACUGCAGAUGUUGGAAAUCAAACUAGUUAAAACCAAUGCAAACCCCUAAUGCAGACACAUUUAAACCAUUUUAAUGCUUGCUUUAAAUCAGUUUAGCUUCAUUCAGUAAUUUACUGACAACAGCUAAACAAAUUUAAGAAGAGUUAAACUGGUUUGAAUGUGGGGCGUUAAUUAGGGUUAUGCACCAAUCUACCUAGAUGGAAUUAACAGUUGCACUAGUUUAACUAAACUGAUUUUAUAUCCUGAGAGGCAGCCUGAGAGACAGGGCAGAAUUGUGUGAGAGAAACUACAUAAUACAGACCCGAUAUUCAGCAGUGAUAAGCACCCACAACUGGGGAUGGAGUACCUGAAAGAUGACAAUGGGGCUAUAGUCUCUCCCUCCCACCCCCCAUGCCUGGCUCCAUUCACUUACUAGGGUAUGGAGGCAAGGAAAGGAUUUGGGUUUGUUUUUUUGCUUAAUCUUCAACUCGGUUUAAUCUAAUGUUUCCAUACUAGGGGGUGGGGGGAAACUAUUUGUCAUUUGUACUUCAACAAAACAAGGAUGUUAAGGUCAAACCUCACUCCUGACACAUUUCCUUUGAGGGAGGGCGAUGGGCUCGGAGACAUUCUUGGGAGCUGAAAGGAGAAAUAGUUGAGCUUGGUUCCAGUUUGAGGGAACAGAGGGUUCCAGCUUGGUCUGGGAGUGCCAAAAGAAUCCAGUCCUCCCCCACUUCACAGAGGGAAGAGAAGAUGCGAGGAGCGAUUCCCCUGUGCGUCCUUCUGCAUGCCAGCUCUGUGCUGUGCGGUGCGGAGCAGCCCCGGCGCAACCACACUUGGUGCGAAGGCUCUGGCGCCUGCUACAGUGUCCACCUUGCCCAAGUGCCCUUCAGCAGAGCCCAGAAGGCCUGCGCUGUGCGCGGGGGAGCGCUGAGCACGGCCAGCGGGGAGGCAGAGGUGCGGGCCAUCCUCGCCCUGCUGAGAGUGGUGGCAGCCGAGCCCGGCUCCUGGAUGUUCUGGCUCUGGCUGGUCAGGGGAGUGCAGCAAUGCACCCAGAUGGAUUGGCCGCUGCGGGGCUUCUCAUGGCUGGCGGGCCCCCAGCAGGCGCCCCAGGGAGAGCCCAAGGAGCUGGACAAGUGGGUGAAAGAGCCGAGCAGGUCGUGCAUCACCCGGCGGUGCGCGGGGCUGCAGGUCACUGCGGGGCGCCAGGACCUGGAACCCUGGGGUUGGAAGGAGCUGGCCUGCAGGGACACCACCACCCAAGGCUAUGUGUGUAAGUACCAGUACAACGGCACCUGUCCAGCUCCGCGGCCCCAGGGCGCCCGCAGCCUCCUCUAUUCGCUCCCUUACCAGCUGCACAGCGCCGCCCUGGACUUCAGCCCCCCGGGCACUGAGCUCGUGGUGGCCUGCCCCGGGCCCCGGGGAGACGUGCGGCUGCUCUGCGAGCUGGGGCAGGGCGGCUACAACUGGACGGGCGCUGGGGAGCAGCUGUGCCCUUGCCCCUCCGGGUACCAGAGCCCCAGCACUGGAGCCUGCAUGGAGCCCAGAGACUGCACCAGCGCCCAGGGCGCUUUCCUCUGCGUGUGCGCCCGGGGCUUCCUCCUAGGGGCCGACAAGAAAUCCUGUGUGCGCCCCGGGUACAUCGGGGGCUCGGCCACAGCGGCACCCGACCCGACCCUGUCUGCGGGGAGGACUGUCCCCAGCAGCAGCUGGGGUGCGCCUUCCUCCCCCUCCAGCUCUCAGCCAAGCACAGCUGGGGAGGUACAGUCCUCGUCCUCCCCCACGUAUGUCUUCAUCUUGGUCGCCAUGGCUGUGGUGACGGUGGUGAUCCUGGUCGGGGCCGUGCUGGUGGUCUUCAAACUCUGCUUCACUAAGAGCCCCUCCUCGGCUAGCGGGGCCGGCAAGGAGCCGGCUCCAGCAGCAGCCGCAGAGAGUGAUCCAGAGGCCACCACCACCAGUUCCGAGAAUUCCUUGGAGGCCCGGGGAGACACGGCAGAGAGAUUGCAGGGCGAGCCCAGCCCAGAGGAGGAAGCUCCACUCGGGAAUUAAGAACCUCUAGGGCACCAUGGACCAUGGAAGCUUAAUUUGAAAUGAACCAGCCCUGACUUUCCUUUCGUGUGAGUGACCCCAGGCUGAGCUGGCAGCUCCCACCCAUUUGGAGGGAGGCUUCUUCGUGUCAAGGCGUCUCUCUGGAGAGGAAGGAUUUGGCGAUGUUUCAAUGAAACCCUGAACAUCUCAUCGCCUGGUUUUGUUGUUUUUUUAAACAUAUUCAUGUAAAUUGCCAACGGGCUUGUCAGACGUGCCCAUGACAAUGCCCUGACGAAGGAAGGGUCUGGCUGGGAUAUCUGCAACACAGGGCUUGAUGUGGCCUUUAAUGCAUUUAUGCUUUAUGGCCAAAAUGGUCAGACUUGGGUGCUGAAAGUUAAGCACUUAAGCGGCUUGUUUUUCAGGGGUUCCGAGAACCUGCAGCUUCUGGUAAUUUCCCUGGGAGUUUUUAAUCACAUUCUGAAAAGCAGGUCACUUAUUUAGGUGCAUACUUAAAUAAAAUAUAGAGGAUGGGGCCUGAGUUUCAGAAGGGCUGAUCACCAGCACCUCCUGUUGACUUCAACUGGAGUUUGGAUUCUUAGCAUCUCCGGGAAGCAACCAAGUUUGAAAAUGUUGACCAAGUUGCCUUACAAGUUGUAAAUUAUGCCUUGAUGUAGAAUAUUUGAGUGGUACUUGGGGGCUUUAAUUUUAUUUUUAAUUGUUGUUUGAACAUUUGGAUAUAUACGCGUCCAUAAUUUUGGAGGAAACUCAGAUCCAAACACUGUUUAGCCAGACUUUUUUUUUUAAUGUUCAGUUCAUUACUGUAUUUGAAAAAUCAUUAAAUUGCAGAUGGGGAGGUAGGCUAAUGGGGAGUUAAUUUUGUAUCAGUCUAUGGAAGAAAAAUAAAGGAUGUUUUAGAACCUAAA